UGACGAUCGAAUUCGAAUUGUGAGCGAUGUCGGAAAGCAAAAACACGGACGAAAAGGAAAGGAAGAAAUUAGAUUCCAGCUAGACGAGGCGCGCAUGUGUGCCGUGAUACGCAGGAUUCGUUGUGUCAAGGACACGUGUGUGUAAUCGCGACACCUGUACGUGCAGCUAGACGAGCUUUUGCCGACUCGCGCGGUCAUCGAUAUAUUUAUUUCUUCUCUGCCGCCGGCACGCCGCCGCCCGAGUAGUGGAAAUAUCAGGAUCGCUCCUCUGCGAAGUUUUUCUAAAAACUUCACAUUUCGCAACUAACCGACCGGAUGUCAAAAUGUCCAACACGCCGCAUUUGAGUACUGGAUCGGUGCCGCCGCCUCUCGCGCCUGGCAAAAUACGUUUGUACAGCAUGAGAUUCUGCCCUUACGCGCAGAGAAUACACCUGGUGCUGGACGCUAAGCAAAUUCCAUAUGACGCAGUGAAUUUAAAUCUACAGAAAAAACCGGAAUGGUUUGUGGACAAAAAUCCCUUGCAGAAGGUUCCCUGCAUCGAACUGCCAGGAGGGGAAAUAUUGUACGAGAGUUUAAUUAUUGCCGACUAUCUGGAUGAAACUUAUCCAAAGAACAAACUGUAUCCAAACGAUCCCUUGAAGAAAGCUAAAGACAGACUCUUGAUCGACAGAUUUAAUUCAGUGAUAACGCCUAUGUACAAGGGAUUUUAUUUGACAACUUUUGAUCAACGGUCGUUUCAAGAGGCAUUAACUGGUUUAGACAUUUUCGAGCAAGAGUUGAAGAAGAGAGGAACUCCCUUCUUCGGAGGUUCUGAGCCAGGUAUGGUGGAUUUCAUGAUUUGGCCGUGGUGCGAGAGAGCGGAUGUUAUCAGGCUCAUACGAGGGGAGGACUUUGUGGCACCUAAACAGCGGUUCCUGUGUCUGUUUGAAUGGAAAAUCGCUAUGAAAGACCAUCCGGCGGUGCGUGGCACUUACCUGGAAACCGAAGUACACGCCAAGUACAUAAAGAGUUACAUGACGGGGAUACCUAAUUACGACAUGUUAACCACUAAGAGAUAAAAAUCAAACGAUACAAAAUUAAGAAAUCUGUUCUGUUUAAUUUUAAGAUGAACGAUCAGGUUUGCGCGCAUUCCGUUGUAUGACUUAAUGUAGCAAGCAACGCUGGUGUAAAUUACUAGAAUUAUAUAGUGAAAAUUGCAUUUCCUAAAACUUGCAUUUAUAAAAUUUAGAAAUAAAGCUGCAUGACGAGCAAAAACAGACACUAAUUAUCAGGGAAGAGGAGUCUUGUGUCCUAUAAAAUAUAAAUUUAAAUUUAAGCUAACGCACAAAUGCAGAAAAAUUAAUUUGUUUAAGUAAAAUAUUUAAUUAUAAACAAUAAUUUAUGUUUAUUAACAUUUGCAUAUGUUACAUCGAUACAUAGGCCUAUUUUUCUGUUUUGUUCAUAUGUACUUACAAUAUUGAUAUUGGCGGUAUUAUAAUUUAAGGGUGUAAUUGUAUCUAGGUACUAUAUAUUACAUAUAUACAAAAUAUCAAAAUUAAAAAAUGAUUACAAAUAUAUCUUAAAAUGUUCCCUCUUAUUCCUAAAUAAACUUCAGUACUUGUGAUCUCUGUUGUAUCAAGAAAAAGAUGCUACAUCUGUGUCUAUGGUAAGUUGGAUUGCAUCAGCCGUAUCGGUUGGAUGUAGUUACGUUGUGAAUAUUUUUGGACAAUUGUCGGUGUUUUAUACCACUUUCUUUAUUAUUAUCUUUAAUUUAAACAAAUAUACAACUUCGUGGCUUGACGUCAGGAACCCAACCUACGGUUUUAAAUCUGUUAUCAAAGACAUAGAAUGGCGUAUGGACUAGCUUUAUAGGUCCACCGAGCCAAAAGAGCACCAAACCAAACCAUCCAUUGUAUCAAUUGAUAAAUGAUUAAACCACCAUCUUAUUCCAGAGAUGAGUUACACAAUCUACAUCCGAGUAAAUCAAUAGUCAUAAUCCGUCAGUCAAGAA